UCCAACCGAGAGAGAGAGAGAGAGAGACAGAGAGGCUGACCGGCUCAGAGACACACACUCACACACCGAGCUCCCGCUGCCUUCUGACGCCAUGAAUCCUGAGAACAAAUUGCAGCAACUGGAGAAUGGGGGGCUGCUUCCCGUCAGGGACGGAGCCUCGAACAGAAGCUGCUUCUGGCCGGCUCUCUGUGCGCUCGCUGUGCUCGGCUUAUUGCUGGUUUCGUCCUGUCUCUUCCUGGCUCAUUUUGGAGUUCUCCCUUCAAAGCAGGAUUCAAGAUCAAACCUCGAAGUUCCCCAUCCAUCCCCGACGACAGCCGCUCAGACUAGCGGUUUGCCUUGUCUCAUGAAGCAGGUGGGGAGUGACUCACGGCCGAGAAUCGCUGCUCACCUGACAGCUUCACCAAGUAGUGAAAAAGAGAACGUGAUUUGGCAGAAUGAGAGUGACUCUACCUUCACCGAGGGAGUGGAGUUCAGAGACAACCAUUUCAUCAUCAAGAAGCCGGGACAGUACUUUGUCUACACUCAGGUGGUCUUCCACAGCAUGGGCUGUGAUCAACAGGCUAUUUACCUCAGCCAUGAGCUUGCCAAGCUGUCGCCAAGUUAUCCCGAGGAAGCCAUUCUACUGAAAGGCACCAAAUCUGCCUGCCACUCUCGCCAACGCAGGGAGCCCUGGUACAAAACCUCCUACCAGGGAGCCAUCUUUGAGUUUCUGGAAGGAGAUCAGAUCUUCUCAAGGGUUAAUCAGGGGAUGACGAGAUAUGUAGACACAGCCGAAGGAAAGACCUUCUUUGGAAUGUUUGCUGUGUAACAAUCCCAUGUCAUUUCCAAUGAUUACCGAAGACUGCUCAAGAAUUUCAGUUCGAAAUACAAAUUAGGACACAUUGUCCUCUGCAGCACUAAUUGCACAAAGAGACGAAUUUCUCUUUCACUUUAUUUAAAGACUUGCAGCAGGAGAGUAACCAGAUAUGCAGGGAUCUCAUGACUGGGUAGCCCAGUGAAUUCUCAGUAUUACAAACCCUGACAUGCAUAGUACAGAGUGUUACUGACAACAGCCCAUUAACUAGGCUCU